AUGGCUCUUCCAGUCAGCGUCUUUCCCCUGUUGCAAGCUUUCGUCAUCAUUUCCGGUUACACAGUCAGUGUGGAAGAGAAACGCAUCACGUGCUGGACGUGUCCUAACAAGGGAAGUAACCUGGAGUGUAAUGACUGGGCGCCUGACAGGUAUUGUCCCCAGGGCCAAUCCGUGUGCCAGACGGUCCACACUUUCAGUGACGUCACCGGUCAGGUCGCCAGCGUCCGCGUGAAUAAACAGUGUGUGGAUCCUGAGAAAUGUACGAGACAUGAUGUCGGCUGUAGGACGGACAAAACAACAAAUACAAAGACCUGUAUAUCUUGCUGUACCACAUCAUACUGUAACGAGGAAGUUGCCCAUGACAACAACUCAGCAAUCAGAUUCUCCGUUACUCUCUUUGGAUCUGCAGCUUGUAACAAACUUACAUACUGGCCAGUCUUCAUCCUGGGUUACCUGGCGAUGUUGAUGGUGGAUAUUUGA